AUGCAGAAGGGGAAAGAUGAUCCAAAAGCAGUGGAAAAGGUAUCAAAGUGAAAAGCCUCGCCCCGCCCCGAGUUGGCUCUCAGUCUCCGUCGGGCCGCAGGCCCGAAAGGUUCCUUCGGUUGCGAACUUUUCGCGACCUUUGUAUGCAGGGUGGGGCCGGAUCCGGGAAUGCGCUGGGUUUCUCCUAUCGUGUGUUUUUCUCGCGGACCAUACCGUACUAGUAGCAGUCGCCCGCGCGCGCGGCAGAACAUCAGCGCGCGCGGACUCGCAGGUUGCGCAUAUGCGUGUUCUGUUUUGGGUGUCCCCGUCGCCCCCUUUUGUACUGCGGUGUGUGUGUCCCUUCUUUUCUGUUACAAGUCUUCCUGCGCUACAUCAGCAGGGCAGGAGGCGUCAGCAGCAGCGUCCCAAUUUCGGAUUGUUGCUGCUGACACCCAGUAGACGGGCGGCAAGGGACUCCACGCACAACGCCUGCAUCAUGGCAAGGGAAUCGCGACCGCUCGCACUGUUGCUGCUUGUUUUCUCUGGAAGUUGAAGGCGCAACAACGAAAAGGGCCGCGGCCCGCGCUCGGUAUUCUUUUUUCGCUCUACAUAUUUCGUGCGCUACGGGCCGCCUUUGUGUAGCAUUGCGUCGGCGCGCCCGUAUGCGUGGGCUCGCACGUUCGGGCCCGUGGUGCUCUUGGUGGUCCUUGCGCCCCACGUGCUCUUGAGCCCUUGCUCUUGCUCCGUAGAAAGGGCGGUCGGUUUGUUUUUCCUCCACGCCCCGGAGCCGCCGUUUCUUUGUUUCGGUGUGUGGUGCCAGCCGGAUUUAUUUACUACCGCUGGCGCAUGCGCCUCGCGGCUCCUUUUCGGGCACUGCUUCUACAGGCCCGCGCCGUUUUUCCACCGCAUCGGCCGCGCAGGGCAUUCGGGCACGGGCGGGCGUGUUCUCCGGGCAGGCUCGGCUAGGCUGAGACCCCCGGUUGUUGGUGCAGGCGUCUUCUGUGUUUAGCUUCUACUCCUGGGGCGGGGUCCUUUCUGUGCCGACGGUUGGGAUAGCAAGCCGGCUUCAGCAACUUCCGGUUUGUAUAUGUGUUUCGGCGGCUGCGAAUUUUCGUCAGCUUUCGUUGGUAUAUGGCUGUGGCGGGCUCACAAUAGCAUAAGCUCGCCCGAUUAAGGGUUAGCUGGCCUGCUGCAGGGCGUCUUCCUUGGCUGCCGGCACAGAUGCCGAACAAUUCGACGAGAGGCGCGCAGGGCCUUACGUUGUGUUGGAGCCCAAGUGAUGAAAGGAGGCGCCAACAGUUUCGGGCGUGGGUUGAGGGGGGCUCCGAGGUGCGUCCAUCGCCGGCUGCGGGCCUUGGGUGGUCCUGUGCCGCGGUGCUUUGCGGCUCUGUUCGUCCCCCUCCCGGCUGGGCUUGAGGGUUUUCCUCCUCCCGUGGGUUGGGGGUUUUUCUCUGGCCGGCGUGGCGCACAUUCUUGUUUGGGGCGACAUUGUGCUUUAGUGCCUGCUUGGGCGGGAUUAUCGAUUUGCCCACUUUGCCUUUUUCUUACAUAGUAGAUUAGCGCGGAGCCGCAAAAAAUAUGCUUCCACCGCACCCUCUUCCGAUCUGAUGCCGCGUGCGCCGAUACUUCUUCUCUCCCUGUCGCGAUCCGUCCCAGCUCUGCGGCCGACGCAGACAAGCUUUAUGGGGUUUCAGGGUUUCCUAUUUUGGUUGUACAUGGUCUUGGUGCAGCUGCGCCGCGACUUCAAGUGCCGGCCGGGGGCUUGCAGGGCGGGACCCCGGGUCUCCAACCUCUGGCGGGCCUUCCAGAUUUAUCUUGCCCGCGAGCAUUCUUGGGCAUUUCCCUCUCUCUUUCGAGCAUACACGCCCGAGGGCGCGUCGGUUCGGUGGUUUGUCCGUCAUCUAGAUUGCCAGAUUGUCAGAAGAGAACGAUCGAACCGGGGGAGCGCAAUCUUUUCACCAUGAUGAAGGGCUAGGAUUAGCUUCUUCAACACCUACAUGGGAGUUUAUGAGAAUGCACAACUGCCCCUCCCCGUCCCCCUCGUCCUCAUUUCUUUGUCAUGCAACAUGCCAAAGCCUAUUGUAUUCCUAAACCUAAUCCAAUUCCAGCCUUUGCUUCUUGGCACUUUUUUCAUGGCAGGUUCUCGCAGUCCAAACAGCAUUACAAUCUGGUAAGGAUUUGUCAUGCCAAACCUGUAUCUUCGCAGACACUUGGAUUGCUGUUGGAUUGCUGGUUAUGGUAUACAAAUGAGGAAGGGGUGGGGUUGUGCACUCUCAUAGAGUUCAUGUGCCGGACCCGACGAGCACGACGACUUCCACGACUAUGAAAACAGUGCACUUGCUGGGGAUGGUAUGGCAGGAGAAAACUGUUUUGCUGUCAACUUGUAAUUCAGAAUAUGUGAUAAUAAUAUCUCAGAAGGGUUUGUCUUGCUACACAUGCAAGACAGUGGAUUUUAAGCUGUGUUUUAUUUCCCUCACCAACCUUGCAUGUUAAGUUUUCUCUGUCAUGUAGAACAAACCUGUAAUUAAACGUACUCGGAACAGCUUACAUCUCACAAGUAAAGCACCAUGUUGGGCGUGCAAUGGGAUGCACUCGCUGCGAGUUUUCAGGUCCUUCGCGAAAAAAGCUUUCUUCUUCCUCGCCUUGAGCGCUAGCCUAAACCCAGUUUUUUCAUGCUGAGCCCAUAGAUAUAUGUGCGGCGACUCUGAAGCCUGUUCGUAAGUUGCUCGAAGUUGAGGUAAAGUCCAUUCGCGUUUUGAUAUUUCCUUUCUAAAUUUCACACCUACUAGAACUAGCAACACCACCCGACUUCUGAUCUUGCAUUACCUUCUCUUGGAACUUGCGUCACAUUUCUUGAUGCAUGUAAUGCAAAACUUGCAAAAUCCUGACAACGAAACACUUUUUUCUUGCGACAGGUGGAAGACCAAAAAAGGAUUAUGCAGAAGGCCGGCCUGCGGACCGUGAAGCGAUACGGGCUUCCCUCAGUGACUGAAAACAAAGUGGGCCCCGUGUAUGAGUACCGGGCACGCACCUAUCUCGCACAGGAGCUGCAAGGAAAGCAGGUGCGGCUGCACCGCGUGUUUGCUGCCGACGUUAGUCGGAACGGG